GCAUAGUUAGUUUGAAACAAUGGGGGAAGACUACGCCGGAGCGGAAGACCAGCCCGGGGUGAAGAUUCCGGCGGCGGCGCCACCGCCACACUUCGUGCUGGUUCACGGGAUCGGCGGGGGGGCAUGGUGCUGGUACAAGCUGCGGUGUCUCAUGGAGAACUGCGGCUACAAAGUGUCGUGCCUCGACCUCAAAGCCGCCGGAAUCCACCCCGCCGACGCCGACCACGUCCUCUCUUUCGACGACUACAACAAACCCCUCCUCGAUUUCCUCGCUUCCUUGCCUCCCCAAGAACAGGUGAUUUUGGUAGGUCACAGUGCAGGGGGGCUGAGCGUAACGGAUGCAAGUUAUAAGUAUCCGGAAAGGAUAAGGGUAGCCAUAUAUUUGGCUGCAACUAUGCUCAAAAAUGGAUUCUCUUCUCCACAAGACCUCAAAGACGGAAUUCCAGAUUUAUCAGACUUUGGUGGAGCGGAUGAUGUGUACGAUAUGGGCUUCGGGUUUGGUCGAGAUGGGCCUCCGACAAGCGCAGUUGUCAAGAAAACACUACAAAGGAAAAUCAUUUACCAAAUGAGCCCAAUUGAGGAUUCAAUGUUGGCAGAAAUGUUGUUGAGACGAGGACCGAUUAAAGCAUUAACGAGCGCUAAUUUCACGGAGUUAGACAAUAAUGUAGAAAAAGUUCCUCGGAUUUAUAUAAGAACAAGACAAGACAACGUCGUCAAGGUGGAGCAACAAGAUUCGAUGAUCAACAAGUGGCCGCCGGCGACGGUCUACUCUUUGGAUAGUGACCAUAGCCCUUUCUUCUCCGCCCCUUUUGCCCUCUUUGGGUUGUUGGUCAAAGCAGCUCUUGCUUAUUAUGGUGAAUGUAAAAUCAAUUAAUUAUUCUUCUUUUUUUCGUCUGAGUAUAAUCAUCAUGUUUUGGAUGACUUGCAAAAUAACAUUUUCUCUUGAUUAUUUCUGAUUCUUUUAAACAAUUAGAAAUUAGUAAAUAAAUAAAAAGUACAAUUUACAUAUUUUAAAACUGCAUAACAAAUGUAUAAAACAAGAUGUGACAUAAAUAAUUUAUUUCAUGUGACGGUCAACGAAACGUGCAAACAAAAACGUAGUAGUAUUGGUGACAAUGAAUUCAAGACGAAGGG